AGCAUCAUUUGCAGAAGCCUGUGAUUCAUCCUUUUCCUUGCAAGACCAAGCGGAGAGGCUGUCAAAAACCGACAGGAUGACCAAUCUGGUGGUUCUUCUUGUUAUCUACAUCAUCACCUUCCUGAUUGGCUUCCCUUCCAACCUCCUCGCCCUCUACACAUUCAUAGUGAAAGUCCGUAAGAAGCCAGCCCCCAUAGACAUCCUCUUGCUCAACUUGACCUUGUCGGACCUCACUUUUCUGGUCUUUCUGCCCCUCAAAAUGAGAGAGGCUGCCCUAAACAAUGAGUGGCCUUUUCCCAAGGCCCUCUGCACUGUGACCAGCUGCACUUUCCACAGCACCAUCUACAUCAGCACCCUUUUCCUCACGGCAAUCAGCGUGGACCGCUACCUGGGGGUUGUUUUUCCCAUCAAAUACAAGUUGAACCGCAGGUUGGUCUAUGCAGUGGUGGCCAGCAUCUUCAUCUGGGUGCUGGUCGUUUCCCACUGCAGCACGGUCUUUGUUGUGAGUACCCUGCGCAACAAUUCCAUACCGCCUUCCCAGGACACUUCCAAACAUGUUGUAUGCUUCAAAGAGUUCAAUGAGCGGCAGAAGAAGAUCAUGUACCCCUUCCGUCUCGAGCUCUGCAUUGUCCUCUUCUGCAUCCCUUUCAUCAUCACCUGUUUCUGCUAUGUCAAUGUGAUCCGCAUCCUGGCCUCCCUGCCCAACGUCAAGCCACGAAAGAAGCAACGGGCCGUGGGCCUGGCUACAUUCACUUUGCUCAACUAUGCUGUGUGCUUUGGCCUCUUUAACAUCUCCCACAUUUUUGGUGUAAUAUAUUAUGAAGACCCGACAUGGAGAGAAUAUAGCUUUGGCCUUAGCACCUUCAACACCUGCUUGGAUCCUUUCAUCUUCUUCUUCUCAUCCAAUGCCAUGCGACGAAACGUUGGGGCCUGCUGGGCUGGCAUCUGCAGUAGAUUCCGAUCCAUUAUACCACGCUGCUCUUUGCCCUGCUGCAAGGAUUCAGGGGACCAUGAUGAAGGGGGAACAGCUGUUGGAUUAUCUACUUCAAGCGGACUGGGCGGGACUGGUGUAUCCACUGAUUCCUCCAGUGACCAUGUUGCAAAGAUGUGGGAGGUCAGCGCAUUGCGCCCUGAGCAAGAAGCACACGGCACCAAGUUCCAAAGACAACAGACGCACUAGACUUUAGAACACAUUUUUGUGAACAGGCGGCAACCUCUAAUUUUCUUCACGCCAGUUUUGGAUGUGAAAUUGCGAAUUCAAUAUUGCAGGUUGAAUAACAUUGGACACUUGUUUGCAUAUCAUUAGUACUUUGGGGUGGGUUUUGUCUUGUUUUUUGCAGGCAUCGCGUCAGAGAUUGUUUAAAUGCAUGGGGUUGUGUUCUGCUUGCAGAUUAAUUGUCCUGCGAUGAAGGUUGUACAAACUGGACCAAAAUUCAUUUCAGUGAAAUGUAAAAGGUAAAGGGAGUCCCCUGUGCAAGCACUGGGUCGUUGCUGGUCCAUGGGGUGAUGCCACAUCACAACGUUUACUAGACUUUGUUUACAGGGUCGUUUGUCAUUGCCUUUCCUCGCUGUCAGUGAAACGGCCAUCUAGCCCAAUGACUCUGGAGGUCUAUAGAGCAAAACCCUUUUCCUUCUAAUUAUAUAGACCCCUUUUUUGGCUGGAGACUUUGCUGGUUUCUUUCUUGUAUCCUCUUCUAUAAGCUCCUAAAUGCAUUGCAAAUUCUAAUUUCCUGCUGUAACAGGGUGCAGUCAAAUUUCUCCUGUGGCUUAAGUAGCUACAGUAAAAUCUAAACCAUUUUUGUUAGCUUGUGAGUCCCUUCCAGAGCUCUUCAGACUCCCAAAGAUCACCUUGGAAUAAGUCAACCGAGGAUAAGCUGCUGAGUUCAGGGUUUAAUGUGUCCUCCUCUUCGACUGAUAUACCAAAUGUUAAAAAAGAAGACUUUGGAAUCAGCAGGCUAUUAAUUUAGACGCCAAGACACAUUGUUUUCCCACUCCCAUUUUGGGAGGCUUCUCAGCCUUUUUUCCCCCAUUUGUUAAGUUAUUUUACUUUUCUAACAGUGCCAUUUUUGGUCAACUUUUCUUCUUGGCUACAGGAAAUGCUUUACCACUUGCAGGACUGUCAGGUCACUGCAAAGAUAUUCCCCUCCCCCAAAAUUCUGCCCUUGCGGUAGAACUGUCAUUAGAACUUUAUUUCGUUUUGUAUUUAGCUUUACUUGUAUUCAUC